UCAGAUGAUUGGUGCUGCUGGGCCGAGCACUUUUUCUUGUUGACGCUUCUAUUUUUUUGUGCGAUACUGUGCUUUUGCCCUUUGGCCCCAUUUUACCUCUUCGUUUUGCAGCUUUUACACAGUUUUUUUCUACCUGCUACUCUUACUAUUUUCUCCUGAACAGGUAUGACAACAGCGCACACAGCCGCUAUUGGAAGACACAGGAUUGCACAGACUUUGGCGCAUUCUAAUCAGCUGCAUUUCAACUCUGUAGAAGGGAGCCCCCACUUUGUUUUUCUAAUUGCAGAGCCACGGGCCAAAACACCGGGGGAUUGGGCUUUUAUAUCUCUGGAGUAGCACCCGCACCAGCAAACCUAUAUUUCUGUACUAUACACACAACCGCAACAGGCGGAGACACACAUGGCAUCGGUGAUCAAGGCGAUACUGGACUGGCUCCGGAGCCUAUUUUGGAAGGAGGAGAUGGAGCUAACGCUGGUCGGGCUGCAGAACUCUGGCAAAACAACACUAGUAAAUGUAAUCGCAUCGGGGCAGUUUACAGAGGACAUGAUUCCGACGGUGGGCUUCAACAUGCGCAAGGUGACCAAGGGCAACGUGACGAUGAAGCUGUGGGAUAUCGGCGGCCAGCCGCGGUUCCGGAGCAUGUGGGAGCGAUACUGCCGCGGGGUGAACGCGAUAGUGUUUGUUAUCGAUGCGGCAGAUCAUGCCAAGCUGGACCAGGCGCGGGCGGAGCUGUGGAGUCUGCUGGAGAAGCCGCAGCUGGCAAAUAUCCCGGUGCUGGUGCUGGGCAACAAGAACGAUUUGGAGGAGGCGCUGAGCGUGGAGCAGCUGAUUGAGGCAAUGAACCUCCAGGCAAUCAAUACGCGGGAGGUCGCGUGCUACUCGAUUUCAGCCAAGAACCAGGUCAACAUCGACAUCACCCUGAAAUGGCUCAUUGGCCAUUCGUCGUCGGCAUCGGCAUCGUAAUGAUGCUUCCCCCGUUUUCGCUUCUUUUUUUUUCCCUGUUGCAUAACCCAACCCCCUUCUCCCCUUGCUCGGUCGCUGCUGGAGGGGAGGAGGAGGUCGCAGAACCCAAUCUGCGUCGCUUUGCUUUUGUUCCCCCUCCCUUUUCUCUUUCUCAAUUCUUCUCUCUGCUUCACAAAGGUGCUAAUAAACCAAUGGCAUUUGCAAACUCUCAAAU